AAAGGCGCUACUCUCAAGUCUCACCCUAUAAUAAUGGCUGUUAAGCAAGAGCCACGUACUUCAUUGCAAUCUUCAUUUCAAAGAAUAAAGCAAAGCAAUAGUUAAAAAAAAAAAAAGAAGGCAAAGCAAAAGAAUCAAACUAUUCGACAGUUGUUUUGGUUCCUUUUCCUUGGUUUUUUUUAAUCAAAACCCUGUUGCUCCCAUCUCUUUGUUUUUCACGAAAUCCAGGACUUAUUCAGAUAUGGCUUCUUCUUUGACAUCCAAUGAUUUUCAAGAAGGUAUGUUUAAUAAUAUUAAAAAAAAAAAGAAAUGAAUUUCCACGAACGAAUUCAUGUCGUUAAUGAGUUUUUUUUUAAGAGAAUGAAUGGGGGAUAUGCAGGAGUGGAUGGUGAAGAUGCAGGGAGAGGUUUGGUUUCUGAUGAAAACGCUCUGCAAAAACAUGUAGCAUUCUUUGACAGAAACAAUGAUGGCAUUAUUUAUCCAUGGGAGACUUUUCAAGGUUUUCGAGCAAUAGGGGCUGGUUAUUUAUUGUCAUUCAUCAGUGCCUUCUUAAUCAACCUUGGUCUCAGUCGUAAAACUCGCCCUGGAAAAACAUUUUCUCUUGAAACUCUUAUGCUUGGCGUUGAGGUUAAAAAUAUCCAUAUGGCGAAGCAUGGGAGUGACUCUGGUGUAUAUGAUAGUAAAGGAAGGUUUGUGUCGUGGAAGUUCGAAGAAAUCUUCGCCAAAUUCGCUCGCACUCAUUCGGAUGCCUUAACAUCCCAUGAACUGAAGGCAAUGCUUAAGGCUAACAGGGAACCCAAGGAUUACAGGGGAUGGGUUGCUAGCUGGACGGAGUGGAUAACUCUAUACAAUUUGUGCAAAGACAAGGAAGGAUUAUUGAAGAAGGAAACAAUUAGAGGUGUUUAUGAUGGAAGCCUGUUUCAACAAAUGGAAAGGGAAAAAUUAGCAACUGCCGGUAAAAAGAAAGAAUGACAUACUCUUACAUGGGCUUGAUUUUUAUUAUGAAUUUGUUUUGAUGAGAUGUAAAUUUAAUUACUCGUUUGAAGGAAUUGAAACAAUUAAAAUAUGUUGUUUCACCCA